AUGUCGUUCCCGCACAAUCCCCCAAAAUCCGCUGCUGGGAUCAUCGUCGACCCAAAGACGUUAGAGCGAGUCGUACCAGAAAGCAAGCGAACAGACGGAACGGUCCGAAAAGAGCUCAAAAUCCGACCAGGAUUCACCCCCGUCGAGGAUAUAGGCCGCUAUCGUCCCAUUCGCGCAUCCACCUCUUCCUCCUCUGUCCCCGGCUCUCAAGGCCGCACCGGUGCUUCGGCCAAGCGGGAUCCGUACGCUCGGGACCAGGGUGAAAAUCUGUUCAGAUCGGAUCCGACACCCGCUGAGGCGGGUUCACCGAGCAGUAGGGCAGGCGCGAAGAAUGCCAAGCGGCGGGAGAAGAAGCGGGCGGGUGAUGGAGACGGAGGAGAGCUAGGGAAGACGUCAAGUCUGAACUGGGACGAGGACGAUGCGGGCGUGGAGCGGGUGCCGCAGCGUGAUGAGGAGGACGUAUUGGCCAAGUUGGCGGGCCUGAGGAUAGAGGGGUCGGCGGCGGGGGCAGGAGAGGGAGAGGGGGAAGAACCACUCGGGACGGGCUCGAAGCACGUCGGCGGCGGCGCGCCCGUCGAGGGAAUAGUCAACACCCUCCAGUCUACCAAUGGCGCCGCUACGCCUCGGAGACCGGUAGAUCCUAUGGCGGCAGUUCCGGCAGCAGCGGACGUACCGGAGGAGGCAUCCCAGCUCGUUUCACCCGAAAAGACCGAGAAGGCUUGGAAGGCCGCUCGGCCCUCUUCAUCAUCGACUACGACGGAAGCUACGUCGGGACCCUCGUCGACAUCGACGUCAAAUGCGGACAGGCCGGGGCGGUGGCAGCGCGGUGGAGCGCCUCCUGCGCCCAGCCGGAACGGUGGAGGCGGACGGGGAGGAUCGGGGUGGGACAGUACCAAACAGCAGCAGCAGCCAGAGAGAGUGAGCAGGGAGGUCAGGGUACGCGAGGGGACACCGGGAGAUGGUGGGAGUCUAGCCUCGACGGUCAGGGGAUUGCUGGUACAGAAUGAGCCAAGGGCGAGGAAGACGGCUGCGGAAGGAGGGGACAGGGACGGGGCGUGGCGCAAGGCCUAG